AUGGAUGUGAUUAAUAAAGAUUCUUUUUUUGACGAUCCUGAUACUUCUGUAUUUUGGAAUGUCACUGAAUAUCCAACAAAAGAUGCAGUUUUGGAUUUGCAUGAUACUAUGUACAUAGAUCAAGAUUCAGAAUUACAUAAAGGAACUCUAGGUAUCUCUAAUCAUUAUUUACUUUAUUUCAAAAAACAAGUAAAUUUGGUACAAUAACCAAUAGACUAUCAAGAAAUGGAUCAAUUUAGAUAAUGCUACAAUUGAAUAUAUUAAACAUUAGAAAGUAGGACUUGGAAUUAAAAUUACAAAAAAUAAACAAUAUUUUGAGUUCUUUGGAGAUGUAGAACCGUGGUACAAUUAUCUGAAAUAAUUUUGUAUUCAAAGGAAUUUUUCUCAUCAUUACACAUUACUGAAGAAGAUUGGAUAAGGAAAUUUUGCAGAUGUAAGAUAUUUUAUAAAAUCUAGGUAUUUAAAGCUGUUAACAAGAAUGAUGGAUCUGAAUAUGCAAUAAAAUGUUUCAGAAAAGCUAAAUUAAAUGAAAGUGUAGAUAGAUUAGCUAUAAUCAAGGAAAUAUCAAUUAUGAAAAAAAUUUAGCAUGAAUCCAUCAUCCAUUUAUAUGAAGUUUUUGAAGGAGACGAAUUUUUAUUUUUAGUCUUAGAAUAUUUGAAAGGAGGCGAAUUACAUUAAUAUAUGAAGAAGUCACCUCCUUUUUCAGAAGAAAAAUGCUCUAAAUUAAUAUUUAGAUUAUUGAAAGCAGUUUCAUCUAUACAUGAAAAAGGAAUUUUACAUAGAGAUAUUAAACCAGAAAAUAUUAUGCUUAGAAAUAAAGAAGAUGUUGAAAAUAUUUGUAUAGGAGAUUUUGGAUUGGCUGAUUAUUAUUCUCAAAGUGGAUAAUACUUAUUUACUAGAUGUGGUACUCCUGGAUAUGUUGCUCCAGAAUUAUUAUAAGAUAAAAUAUAUGAUUUCAAAAUAGAUAUUUAUAGUAUAGGAAUUCUAAUGUUUAUUUUAAUUGCAGGAAAAUCACCUUUUGAUGGAAAAGAUUAUGAUGAUGUUGUAAUGAGAAAUUAUUAUGCUAAAGUUAAAUUUGAAGAUUGUAAAUUAAGUGAUAUAGGUAUGGACUUACUUUAAGGACUUAUGAACAAGAAUCCUAUUAAGAGAUUAACUGCUGAGGAGGCUUUAAGUCAUCCUUGGUUUGCUAGUGAAAACCUAACAAAAAUAUGUUAAUUUAAAAUCAGAAAAUAAAAUCAAACUACUUAAAAGAAAUUAGCCUAUUUUGAUACAAACAUUAAAUAAUAUUCUGCCAUUUUAACUUAAUUUAGUCCAAAAAGUUCUGUAUCCAACCUCAGUCCUUAUUGUGUUACAAAGUGUAAUAUUGAAGAUAGUCCUUAGACACCAAAUACUCCUGUGAUUCUUAAACCUAUCAAUACUCCUAGAACAUCAGGUGGUUAUAAAUUAAGAUAGGUUAGAAGAUUUUAAAUACCUCUAUAAUAAUUAUGA